CUAGCAAAACGCGCACUGCUUAGAGUGUAGGCACGCUUCGUGUUAAGGCCGAAACGCGGAUACGCUAUAAUUAACUGUAAUACCCUUAAGAAACCGUUCGGGGCCAUGGGCAAAAAGGACAAGGCGCAAGCAAGCCUAGCCGGCCGUGUCCCAAUAGUGGAGGGUGGCAAACCAUUAUUGUACCCAAGAUACAACAGUAUUGAUGCUCUAUUACAGAUCGCCAAAGGCGGCGAUGCAAACGCAAAUCGCGAGGAAACAGACGCUGCUGAGCGGCCGAGCAAAAAGCAAAAGCGCUCGGCCGCCGCCGCCACCAACGGCGAUGCGGGCAGCGAUGAGCAGCAAGCAGACGCAGUCCCGCAAAAGAAAGGCUACGGCGCUGUGGAUGAGGACGGUUUGACGUACAAGCAGCGCAGGCAGAUGCGUCGGGCUGCUGAGCGGGCUGCCAAAGCUCAGGCGGAGGCAGAGGCCGCUGCGGCAGCAGCAGCGGCAGGCGGCGCUGAAGCCGCAGCAGCAACAUCCGCAGCAACUGCUCCGGACGCAACACAAGCGCCAGCGAACGGCGACGCUGCAGCCCCUGCCCCUGCCCCUGCAGCUGCAGCUGCUGCUGCCCCCAGCGACAAGAAGGACAAGAAGAAGGACAAACGGAAAGCGGAGGAGUCCGCCGCCGCGGCAGAGGCAGCCGCCAAGGGCAAUGCGGAGGAGGCAGCUCGCAUGCGGGCCCUCCUGGGCUUCUCAGGGGGCGGCGCAGGGGCGGCAUUGGGCCUCGGUUCCCUGAGCUUCGGCGCCGUCCUGGCUGCCCCAGCCGCUGGGGAUGAGGCCGCUGAGGGUGAUGCUGUGCCGGCAGCGGGGGGAGAGGAGCAGCAGCAGGGGGAGCAGCAGGAGCAGGAAGCGGGGGAUGAGGGGUCUAAGAAGAAGAAGCAGAAGAAGGAGAAAAAGAUCAAGAAGGAGAAAACGGAAGAGGAGCAGAAGGAGGACAAAGCGGAGGAGCAGCAGCAGCAAGCCUCAGUACCAGCAGAGGCAGGCCCCAAGGCUGGCAGCAAGGGCGGGAGGGGCGGCAAGGAUGCCAGCAAACCCUUCUCGUUCGAGUUCAAGAUCCAGGCUGCGGUGGAGGCGGAGACGGAGGCGCGCCUGGCUCGCAUCAUGGCGCUCGACGCGACAAAGGACGGAUUCGUUCCUCGGAGG